GAGAGUGAAACGAUCCCAGAUCAGUGUCUGUGUCGGUGUCAUGCCAUCCCUCAUCACGCUGCUAGGUACGCGCCAGCCUCGCGAUAGCCUCGCCUACUAGAAUCAAAGCUCCGCUCGCGAACUGGAUGCUGACAGGCGCGCGGUGCGGUCAUCAUGCAAAGGUUACGUUGGAUCCGUUUCAGCGAGUCUCAGAAGAAGCCGCUUCUCCGCAGGACCCGCACCGGGCGCAAAAUGCGAGACGUGUAGCGACGCACAAAAACCUAUCGACUCCCCGUUCUCCGGACAGUUUGACUAAAGCAGGUGUCAAACGAUGGACGCAAGUUUUGGAUUUCCGCGAAAGGCAGUGUGUACGCUGGCUCCUCUCGGCGGUAAAGUGGCUUCAUGAGUGUCCAAAGUAACAGUGGAAGUGGUGGUGGAAGUUUGGAGGCGACGCCAUCUUGGUCGCAGCUCUCCUCGUCCCCAACGAUUUCUCAACAACAUAUAACGGCGACCGCAAAGAGCAAGGAAGGCCCGAUGGAGGAGCUGCACAGCCUGGACCCCAGGAGACAGGAGCUGCUGGAGGCCAGAUUCACAGGAGCUGUCAGUGGCAACACGGGAGGCAGCACUGGGAGCACCAGUGGAGGUGCUAAGGGUCUGGCCAAUGAGUCGUCAAACCACAGUUAUGGCAGCCUUGGCUCAUCUAGUGACAAAGAAUCAGAGAACUCUGAUUUAAAGAGAGGGAGCUCCCCUGCCUACUCAACCCCAGAGAAAAAGCACUCUGAAUCGUCCAGAGGAAGAAAAAGGAAAGCUGACACCUACUCAGAGAGUAGUCAAGGGAAGACCUCGACACGUGGACCGAAGAUCAGCGACUACUUUGAUUUCCAAGGAGGAAAUGGUUCCAGUCCUGUGAGAGGCCUCCCUUCAGUUCGUCGCUCUCCCCAGAACUCACAUUCGGCCCCUGGCUCGAUUAUUCGACAGAACAGCUCCUCUCCCACCAGUCUGUGUUUUGGGGAACAAAGUCUCAAAGCCUCGUCAAGCAAAUUUGUCCAGACGGAGUUGACGGGCCUAAAACUUGCAGCUCUCGAGAGCAACAAGAGUCUGGACUUGGAAAAGAAAGAGGGGCGAAUUGAUGACCUACUCAGGGCUAACUGUGACUUACGGAGACAGAUUGAUGAGCAGCAAAAACUCCUGGAAAAAUACAAAGAGAGGCUUAAUAAGUGCAUCACCAUGAGCAAGAAACUGCUUAUAGAGAAGAGCACCCAGGAGAAGCAGUCGUGCCGUGAGAAGAGCAUGCAGGACCGCCUCCGCCUCGGUCACUUCACCACAGUCAGACACGGAGCAUCGUACACGGAGCAGUGGACUGACGGAUACGCAUUCCAGAACCUGAUCAAGCAGCAGGAGGGCAUUAACCAGCAGCGGGAGGACAUAGAGCGACAGAGGAAGCUGCUGGCCAAGAGGAAGCCUCCAAAUCCUGCAUCCCCUUCAAUGUCAGUGGCUUCCACCUCUGAGCCUAAGCAGCGAAAAACCAAGGUUGUCAAUGGCAACGACUCUGACCCCUUCCUCAAACCCUCCUUACCCCAACUAUUGACCCUUGCAGAGUAUCAUGAGCAAGAAGAGAUUUUCAAGCUUCGCCUUGGUCAUCUUAAGAAGGAGGAAGCUGAAAUCCAGGCCGAGCUGGAGCGCUUGGAGCGGGUGAGGAACCUGCACAUCAGAGAGCUGAAGAGGAUAAACAACGAGGACAGCUCAGCGUUUAAAGAUCAUCCUACUCUAAAUGAGAGGUAUCUGCUUCUCCAUUUGCUGGGAAGGGGUGGCUUCAGCGAGGUCUACAAGGCUUUUGACCUGUUUGAGCAACGUUACGCAGCUGUUAAAAUCCACCAGCUCAACAAGAACUGGAGAGAGGAGAAAAAGGAGAACUACCACAAACAUGCAUGCAGGGAGUACCGGAUACAUAAGCAGCUGGACCAUCCCAGAAUAGUCAAACUGUAUGACUACUUCUCCCUAGAUACUGACACGUUCUGUACAGUGCUGGAGUUCUGCGAAGGAAAUGACCUGGACUUCUACCUAAAACAAAAUAAGCUGAUGUCAGAGAAGGAGGCACGCUCCAUUGUCAUGCAGAUUGUCAGCGCCCUGCGCUACCUCAACGAGAUCAAACCCCCCAUUAUCCACUAUGACCUCAAGCCCGGGAACAUCUUAUUGGUGGAUGGAACCGCAUGUGGGGAAAUCAAAAUCACAGACUUCGGCCUUUCCAAGAUCAUGGAUGAUGAUAAUUACGGUGUGGACGGGAUGGACCUCACAUCACAAGGCGCCGGCACCUACUGGUACCUCCCUCCAGAGUGUUUUGUGGUGGGAAAGGAGCCUCCUAAGAUUUCAAAUAAGGUGGAUGUAUGGUCAGUGGGAGUGAUCUUCUUCCAGUGUCUCUACGGGCGAAAGCCGUUCGGUCACAACCAGUCUCAGCAGGACAUUCUGCAGGAGAACACCAUCCUCAAAGCCACAGAGGUCCAGUUCCCUGCAAAACCACAGGCCAGCACCGAGGCCAAGGCGUUCAUCCGGCGCUGUCUGGCCUAUCGUAAGGAGGACAGGUUCGACGUUCACCAGCUGUGCUCGGACUCCUACCUCCUCCCCCACAUGAGGCGAUCGAACUCCUCCGGCUCCCUGCAGCCUUCUGCCUCGUCCGUCCCCACCUACUGACUGGCUCGCUCACGUGACUGACAGGACGCUCUGACCAAUCGUGACGCAACCCUUUCACCGGGAUCGGAGGACAAAAGGGGUCUGGAUCUGUUACCUGGGCUGUUUCCAAGUGGAUAAAUUAGCGAAAGAGCAGAAUUAAAAUGGAAAACAGAAGACGGCGGUGGAAGCGGGUGGCGCUCCUGUCGCUUAUGUUGUACAGCAUUUCGCCCUUGAACUCACCGUGUGAGAUAGGGGAAAGAAAAAACAAACACAGAAGGAUUAAAAAAAAAGUAAAAAAAAUCAAUGAAUUAUCUAGAGCAAGAAAAGAAAUGGAUGAAGCCAGUGGAGUUGUUUACAGGCUGUAUUACACAAUCCUGUAGACAUUUGGACAGCUCUCGGAGCCCCAGGAUGAGCGGUUCAAGGCCUCCUCUUUGCUCAUCACUGCUGUAGCUCUCAAGACUGCUGAGAAGCCCAUCAACCCUGUGCUCUUUUCAUCACUCAUGAGGGUGGCAGCGCUGUCUAGUGUGGAGCAGAAAACAGGAGUGUGGUGUAGAGGAGGUCCAACCCUCUGCAUCAUCAGGGGUUAACCUGUAACCGUAACAGGACUCGACUAAAAUAAAAUAAAAAAACAUAUGUCCCAGAUGGAAUCUCUGGGUUCAGUUUGCACUUCCGAUCCAGAUCGUGGUCACCUGGUGUCACAGUUUUGGCAUGAAGUACUACCGCGUGGGCUAGUUCUGGACUCUAGUAGUAGGAGUAGUAGUCGAAUCCUCCGUUCACCUUUUUUUUUUUUUUUAAAAGAAGAGAAAAAAAGCAAUUCAGGUCUGCUGCUGGGGUUUACGGAAAGUGGAUCUGUGAAUCUGUCUUAAUCCAUUUGUUGUCGUUCUGAUAGUCAAAAUAUUUCAAAUGGUGGAGUAUUGCAGUACCGUGCCGUCAUGGUCAGCAUCACGGACUGGACCAGGUGUUACUGCAGAGACUCUGUCCAACCAGGACUUUUAGCCAGGGCACAGAGCGUAGUGUACAUUUCAUGUUCAGGAGCAGACAUUACAUACUAGCAAAUAUAUAAUAACGAGGCUUAUCCUUGCUUCCCGGUGUCUCGAUUUUUCUCAGUUUAUUUGUGUUUUCCUUCUGAAAGCUGUUCUCAGUUUGCUGCUAUAAAUGUUGCUUUUAGUUUGUAACGUGUGAAUGGUUCUUCGCCUCGCAUAUGUGCAUACUUGAACUGUGUUAAGAGGAACACUCAUCUGAAAUGGACACCCGCUGUGCUGUUCCAAUGAGAUGCAACACGUUCUACCACCACCAUCAGUGUCCACGAGGGUUUUUUUUGUUUUGUUUUUUUUUUGUUUACACUGAUGUAAAAGUCCAAGAUAAAUUUUAUGGAACAGAAUCUCUGUUUACUGUCGGCAAUACAAAAAGGGAGAUGGUCUCACCUGUUCACGCCGGGUGUAGGAAACCAAUACAAGUGGGCAUUCUCCAGGUUGCAGGAUUUACCGCAUCUAGAUAUUAAAUGGAUUUAUCCAAACGCUUUUCAUCCUGUAAAUAAAACACUCGCCUGCAUCUUGUUGUGACAUUUAAACCCUCUCAAAAUGCAAGCAACCUGGACUCUGCCCAAAGCACGCCUGUGGCAAGAAAAGAAAAUAGUCUUUGGCAACAAAUCAGAUAAAAGUGAAGUGGGAGCAGUUACCAGAGAGCGGUGGGUGUCUCGUUUUCCUGUGUGCG